AUGGCCGAAGGAAUCGCCUUUGACAUCGCCGGAUGGCUCAUUUCUGAACUGAGCUCCCAUGUUAUGGAGCAACUUGGCUUGUGGUGGAAUUUCAAAGACGACCUCGACGACCUCAAAACCACCAUCUCCGCAAUCAAAUCCGUACUUCUCGACGCGGAAAAGCAGUCCGUGACCAGCGAACUCGUCAAAGAUUGGCUUGCAAAGCUAAAAGAUGCUAUGUACGACGCUGAAGACUUGCUGGAUGAUGUCCGUACCGAAGCCUUGCGGAAGAAUCUGAUGAGUGGGAACAAGUUCACCAAAGAGGUACGCGUUUGCUUCUCGAGAUCGAACCCGUUUACUUAUGGUCUCAAAAUGGGACGAAAAAUCAAGGCCAUCAAGGCCAGAUUUACUUCCAUUCAAAGUCAGGCCAACAUGUUGAACUUGGUUCAGCGUGACCAUCCUGUGGAAACCUCUUUCAUGGCCAAAAGGAGGCAGACGCACUCUUUUGUGUCGAAAGGUGAAAUCAUAGGGAGGGACGAUGACAAAACAGCUCUUCUAAGACUCUUGUUGGAGUUUCAAAGUGAAGAGAAUGUUUAUGUCAUUCCGAUUGUGGGGAUCGGAGGCUUAGGCAAGACUGCGUUGGCGCAGUUUGUCUAUAACGACGAAAUGGUUGAAAACCACUUCGAGUUAAGGAUGUGGGUCUGUGUUUCUGAUGUUUUUGAUGAGAAAACAAUUGUAGAAAACAUCAUUAAAUCUGUAACUCAUCAAGCACCCGAUCAAAAUCUCGAAAUGGAUCAACUGCAAAAACAACUUCGGGACAAAAUUGACGGGAAAAAAUAUUUGCUUGUCUUAGAUGACAUUUGGAAUGAGAACUGGGACCUAUGGAUUAGCUUAAAGAAGUUACUGAUGGGUGGAGCCAAAGGGAGUAGGAUAAUCGUAACUACUCGCUCUGAGAAGGUAGCUAAUGUCACUAGUAAUUGUCGGCCACAUUUUCUAAGUGGCUUGUCUGGUGAUGAUGCAUGGUUUUUGUUCAAAAAAAUAGCUUUUGAACAAAGAUAUGCAGAUUCGACAAAUUCAGGCUUUGUGGACAUAGGAAAGCAGGUUUUGGAAAGGUGUCAUGGAGUUCCCUUGGUCAUAAGGACAAUAGCUAGUACCUUAUCUUCUAAAAAAACUGUAACUGAGUGGCUUUCUUUCAAAGAUAAACUUGCUAGAAUAUCUCAAAGCGGCGGUGAGAUUUUGCCUACACUUAGGUUGAGUUAUGAUCAUCUCCCAUCUCAUUUGAAGCAUUGCUUUGCUUAUUGCAGACUGUACCCAAAAGAUCAUGAAUUUGUUGUGCAAACACUUGUUCGAAUCUGGAUUGCACAAGGGUUUGUAAAACAAUCAAAUCCGAGUGAAUCUCUUGAAGAGAUUGGGUUCGAGUAUUUUAAAUGUCUGGUUGAAAGAAGUUUCUUUCAAGAGGUAGAAGAACAUGAAUUUUGGGGUGUAACAUGUAAAAUGCAUGAUUUGAUGCAUGAUCUUGCUGAAUCGGUAGCAGGGAUGGAGAGCCGCAUUCUAGAUUCAAAUUCAAUUACAAGUGAGAUUGAUGAGAAAUGUCGUCACGUAUCGAUUGAUUUUUCAUUGAUUCAUUUGAUCAAGGGAAAGAAAUUGCGGAGUUUGUUAAAAUUUUCAAGCAGAUAUGAAUGUAUGAAUGAUGCAAAUUGGGAUUUAAUAAUUUCAAAUUGUAGAUGCUUGCGUGUUUUAGAAUUAGAUGAAUUAGAACUUGAUACAGUUCCAGGCUCCAUUCAUAAGCUGAAACAUUUGAGGUACCUUGAUCUUUCAACCAAUUAUCGUCUUAAGAUCCUUCCAAAGAGUAUUUGUAAGAUGCAAAAUUUGCAAGUGCUGAAACUCGACUACUGCUUUGAGCUUAAAGAAUUGCCAAAGAAGAUUGAAAAAUUGGUGAAUCUUACCCAUCUUUCGUGUGCUUAUUGUGAUGGGUUAACUCAUAUGCCACGUGGAAUAGGGAAGCUGACUUCGCUUCAGACGUUAAGCAUGUUUGUUGUGGAUAAAGACGGCUCCCAUGGUGCUGCUGCUGCGGAUCUAAGUGAAUUGAGUCAACUCAACAACCUGAGGAGACAGCUAAGAAUAAAAAAUUUGGGAUUCGUGAAAAAUGCAAGAGAGAAGUUUAAAGCUGCUAAUUUGAAAGGGAAGCAACAUCUACGAGAACUGGUUUUACAAUGGAGCGGAGAUAGUGAAGAUGAAGAGAAGUCACUUGAAGACCUCCAGCCCCAUCCUAAUCUGAAGAAGCUCUCUGUGCGUCGAUGGAGGGGCGAUGCCAAGUUCCCAAGUUGGAUUUCUUUGCUCACGCAUCUGGUGGAUAUUAAAAUAUGGGGUCCCAGUAAAUUUAAACAUCUCCCUUCCUUUGCUCGAUUGCCACAUCUUCAACGGCUUAGCAUUUGUGAUCUAUCUGAGCUGGAGUACAUGGACGGCAGUGAGCCCAGUGGAGGACAAGGUGAAUCAGAAUCAUUCUUCCCAUCGCUUACAUAUCUCAUGCUCGGCAACUGCCCAAAUAUGCAGAGUUGGUGGAGGAAAAGCCCGAUCGACGAUGAUAAGGAUGGCGACAAGGAUAGAAGAGCAUCAACCAUGGCAUUUCCUUGUCUCUCCUAUUUACGCAUUGAAAAUUGCCCUUUGAGUUCAAUGCCGUUGUAUCCAUCAGUCGAAUAUAAGCUAAUAUUGGUGAAUACCAGUUCAAGGCCAUUAAAGCAUACCAUUCAAAUGAGCGACACUACACCGUCAACCUCAUCUCUCCAUCUCUCCAAAUUGAAAUAUUUCAAAGUGGGGAAUAUUCAUGAAGAACUGGACUACGACAUGCUAAACGAAUUCCUGCAAAAGAUGACUUCUCUUGAGCAUCUGGAGAUUAUUGAACUUCCACGGCUGAAAUCGAGAAUUGCAGUGGAUUGA